UCGCUGCUCAUCGACCCGAAACCCGGAAGGCCGUCCGAGAAGAACGCAGGGCCAAAUGCAAGCGUGGACGGAUACGAAAUCAUCGAUGAGAUCAAGAAACAGCUCGAGGCUCACUGUCCUCGCACCGUCUCGUGUGCUGACGUCAUCACUCUGGCCACGAGGGACGCGGUUACCUUAGCAGGCGGUCUGAGGUAUGCUGUGCCUACUGGAAGACGUGACAGCCUGAGGUCUAACCCUGCUGACGUCAACCUGCCCGGACCCACGAUUCCAGUGACGGACGCCAUUCAUGCCUUUGAGGCUGUAGGGCUCAAUCUCUUUGAUAUGGUUACCCUUGUCAUUGGUGGUCACACCGUCGGCGAAAUCCAUUGCAGUCUCAUCCAAGACAGGAUCGCAGACCCUGCCAUGGAACGCUCAUUGAAUGCUAAGUUGAGGAAACAAUGCAAAGCCCCGAACGACCCAUCAGUGUUCUUGGACCAGAGGACUCCAUUCAAAGUGGACAACGGCUUGUGUUUGGAAGUUCUGAGACAGAGAGGAGUCUUAAGGAUUGAUCAGAGCCUCGGUCUCGACGGAAGGACCCGAGGGAUCAUCAUGAGUUAUGCCAAAGACAAUGCCCUCUUCAGGCGUAAAUUCGCGCAAGCCCUCGUGAAGAUGGGGACCAGAAGGUUCCUCUCUGGUCGUGCCGGUGAGAUCAGGAAGAACUGCAGAGUCUUCAACAACGGCCACUGACUCAUAGAUCAUCUUAAUGAUCA